ACCAUAACCCCCCGGCUUGCAAUACUCGCACACAAGAAUAAGAUGAUUCAUUAUUAGUUGUACUGCCCCGUUUAAGCCGUCUAAAGUCUGUACAACCAUACUGUACAACUUGCCCUCGCUUCCUUAAAGCCAGUCCUGUCCUUUGAAUAAACUACAGUGCUGCAGCCACAAUUAUUAUGUAAAUGUGAAUUUCGGAUAUUUUUGACGUUAUAAAAACUAAACUAAACUAAAAGUAGAUCCAUGAUUUAUUAAGUGGCAUUUCUAAUUCACAACGAAACCAUUCAAAGCUCUAUCUGAGUAGUAGAAAGGAAGAUAUCGACGUUUACUAUCUUGAAACUUGAAUCUAGACAGUUUUCUUUCUUGUUUCUAUACAGCAGAAAUCCACAAGUCAUUUUCAAAGAGAAACCACAAACCAGACAGAGGUUUAAAGGAAACCGUUGUGAAAUUAUGUGAGCAAUCCCACUAAUUAAAAUAAUUCUGCAACAUAAUAAUUAUUAUUUAUGAAUAAUUGGUCUCAUUCUAAAAACGUCAUUAUUUUUAUUCAACGACGGAAUUUACGCGAAAUUUCAGUAAGUCAGAUAUAAUGGUAUAUUCGAUCUAACCGUACAUCUUUUGUCCUCUCUGCGCAAAGUCUGAUCUGUAUAAAUUUUCAUUACAAAAGAAAGUCGUGGCGAAAGCGCGAAUAAAAUGGCUGCUUGCAAAAUGAUUUUUUAAACAGUGAUAUGUGAAAAUUAUGAUUGAGCUAAUAUAAAAAAGUUCAAGACUACAUAAAGAUGGCCGCCCUUAAUCAGAGAAGAAGAAGAUUCCUGAAGAUUUAAAGAUGUUCACCAAUAAUUAAAGCCUUUAAUUAUUGGAUUUAAAGCAGAAGAAUAUUCCAGAAGAUUUGAAGAUGGCCACCAAUAAAUAAAGAAGAAGAAGGUUCAGGAAAGUUAAAAGAUGGCGGCAAAUGCGAAAACCCCUGAAACCAUACCCUGGAUACCUCCAGGGCAAUCCCAGGAGGAGUCAUCAAAUAAAUUUGCGCACAAGAAGGGGAGUAUAGCCAAACAGAUAAACGAAGAAGUGAAGAAAAAGCGCUCCCGAGCACGUAAAGCGGAGCGCAGUAACAAAAGUUCUAUUACGUCUAGUACGACGCAGUCACAAAUUCUAAGUUUGUCCGACUCUGGACGAGGAAGCGAACUCAGCUCAGCGGAUAAAAAAGGAUUGAAAGAUAAAAUUGUUGAGAUAUUUGAAGAAGAUGAAAAUGAUUACGAAUAUGACAGUGAAGGAGGAAUUAGAAGGAAAUAUCCUGACAGUACAUUUGACAGCGGAAGAGGGAGUUUAGGUAAAAAUUUACUUUGA